AUCUUGAAGUAUAGUUUAUUAAGCCCAUGCCUCUCUGGUACCUGUGCCUUGCCAGUCACUGACCAGGCUUACCACGAGCUACUUAACUUACUCCUCACAAUCAGACAAAGUUUCUCUCUUAUCCAAGACGACUCUGACGCUCUGUUAAACAUUUGAAUUGUUUGUUAUAAAAUCUAUUUUAUCAUUCGCAAAUUUUAUUCUUAACAAUUUAAUAGUGAUGUGACUGUUGUUUUUUUUAUUUAAAAUGACAAUGUUGGCUACCGUGAUAACCAGGACUUGGGAACUUUAAUAUCUGACGUCAACUAUUAGGAAGUUAAAGAGAAAAGUGACAGUGACCUAUUGAAGUUUUUGUUGAUUGUCUUACAAUAGACUCAACAGUACAGUGUGAUAUCAAACGCUUCAACUUGAAUGCCCGGCUGUCGUUUAGUCAGAACUAAAUUAGGUCAGCAGAUGUUGUUUGACCGAUAAACUAUCUCCCGUAAACAAUUAUACGAAUAACUUUAAUUGACUGUUAUUACAUAGAAAAGUUUUGUAAAAACAAUUCACAUUAAAAAGAGUAAAAAAAUCUGAGAGAAUCGAGUUAUAACACAUGUUUUUCGAUUAUACAAUGAAAACAUAAUUUAAAAUCUUAUAUUCUUAUAUAAUUCAAUAUUUGUAAGUAAGUAAAGUAAAAUAAAAUAAUCAUGACGGAGAAUCAUACUACAAUGGAAGCAGACUUAACAGUGAGGAGUCAAAAUUCAAACGACUCAAAAAUAUCCGGUGAUUCAAAGGAUUCAAAAACGAGCAGCACAAUGCAGUCCAAACAUUCCAAAGAAGUUCUAAUUUCGAAAAAACAAGAAGAAACCGAAACUAAGAAUGACUCGAAUUUACUGAUGCUUAUGUCCUGCGGUCAGCUGCUGCUUGGUGUUAUUCUUGUGGUGUUUGGCGUAUUGGUCCUGGUACACGGAGCUUCAUUGGGAAAUUCAGGAGCGGGAUUAUGGGCAGGAGCUGGAGCUCUGGUCGCAGGUGCCUUAGGGGUUGUCGCCACUUUGACGACUUCAGCUGAUAAAGAGAGCCUUCAAUACUCGGGGUUCUCCUCUGCUCAUUUGGCAUCCAGUUUAAUAGCUCUGGCUCUUUCGAACAUGGCUGCAAUCACGGCGCUCACUUCCGUCGUAAGGGAUUCACAGAGGUCUAAUCCUGAGAUAAAUCUUUUAGGAACGACGAAUGACGAUGACUCUGUAAUGGGUGUUGACCACAGAUGGGCAGGAUUGAUGGCUAGCAUUGGUCUUCUGAUAGCGAGCCUCAUUGAAUUACUCAUUUCUGGGUACAGCUGCGUUAAGCUUGCGCCCCGCCUGUGCGGCUGCUUGAAAGGAUCUUCUCCGCCUGUCUCAGGUCAGGGUCAAUUGAAAACGCACAACAUGGUACACCAGUGGGUUUCAUCGCAUCCCAAAUCCCAGCAGAUAUAUCUGGUACAGCCCAUUAUGUCUGUACAACCCGUGUUACCAACUCCGUACGGCAUGGCGACGAUACCUAAAAAAUAUCAAACUCUUAUACCAGCAACAGGGACAUUUCCACCACAUUCCAUGUAUCAUUCCAUGCCUGCACCUUGUUGUAAAAUGGCAAGAGGUCCGAUUUAUCCACCAAAUCCUCAUUACCAUCCACAAAUGGUACGCAUCAAGCGAAAGAGAUACGCAAUGCCAGAACAUGAAUCGAACAGUUUACCGAACCAUCGUACAAAGCCAGUAUCUCCCAUGUCACAGCAAGAAGUUGGAAAAGCUGAAGCUUUUAUGCCAAGUACAGAUCAGGUUGAUUUGUCUCAGACAUAUACUGGCUUGGACAAAAAAAUGUCUGAAGAAUUUAUUUCAAUCGCCAUGGAUCCAGAUAAAAAAUCUAAAGCUUCGAGCAGCAAUACAAGCGAAAUUAGCUCAGCUGCCAGAAAUUCUCCUGCAACAUUGCCAGAAUCGAAGUUUUGAAUAUAAUAUACUACGAUAAAUGUUCGUCUAUACCGUUUACUCGUGACGCUGUAUGUAUGGGUAUUCAGCUUAGAGGCUAUAUUUGAAUAUUUCUAACGUGCAUCAUGCCUAUUUGAAAGUAUUUUUUUUCGUGUAAAGCUCAUUGAUUCAAAUGCCGUAAUGGACAGUAGACAAUUUUUGGGUAUGAUACAGAGAUGCAAUCAUUAUGCCUAAUUAGUUCUAAAUCAUUUCCCACUGCCAAAACUUGAAAAAAAUAGAACGAAACGAAACAAAUGUAAUCUAUUCUUUGUUACUUGUAAUAACUAUUAAGAGUCUAUUGUUUGUUAUUACUUAUGCAUAUGUGUAUGUAUAAUUCUAUUUGUAACGGUACUCGACUUAUGUACUUUAGUAUAGGUAAUAUGCUCAACGAAUUGGAUAUAAAAAUAUUUUUAAGACUUUUGUAGCCAUAUAAAUUGAAAUGAA